AUCCAUACACACAUACGGUCACGGUGGGUGAAUGUGAGAUUGUGAGUGGUGGUGGGCUGCGAUUAAGUAGAAAAAAGCACCCCCCAGAUUUUACUUUUCAGCACAAUAAAUCGUCAGCCUCACCGUCCCUACCAAAACAUACACACACAUACAUAUACCUGUGUCUGUGUGUGUGUUUGUGCAAAGCUCACUUAGAUUGCUAUUUCGCUGUCUCUGAAAUCCGAACCCUAGAUCGAUUUUUAACUUUUCCAAUCUGAUUUGGGGGACCAAUAUUAUGGCGUCGAAUGUUCAAGGAUCGUGUUGUUCUUCUAUACAUGAAAAGAUCAUCAUCGAUACCGAUCCUGGUAUUGAUGAUAGUAUGGCAAUCUUAAUGGCAUUCCAAAGUCAACAAUUGGAGAUCUUAGGCUUGACAACAGUAUUUGGCAAUGUUUCUACAGAAGAUGCAACUCGCAACGCUUUGCUUCUGUGUGAGAUCGCAGGACGUCCAGGUCUUCCUGUGGCAGAGGGUAGUCCUGAGCCUCUGAAGGGAGGAAUACCACGUGUUGCAGACUUUGUUCACGGUUCGGAUGGAUUGGGGAACAUAUUUUUACCUCCUCCAAAUUCCAAGAAAAUUGAGAAGACUGCAUCUGAAUUUUUAGUGGAGAAGGUUUCUGAAUAUCCUGGCGAAGUAUCUAUACUUGCACUGGGACCAUUAACUAACUUGGCUUUGGCUGUCAAGAGGGACUCAUCCUUUGCAAGCAAGGUGAAAAGGGUGGUCGUACUUGGUGGAGCAUUUUUUGCAUUGGGAAAUGUCAAUCCUGCUGCUGAAGCUAAUAUCUAUGGGGACCCAGAAGCGGCAGAUGUUGUGUUCACCUCUGGGGCAAAUAUUGUUGUUGUUGGCAUAAACAUAACAACCCAAGUCAAACUGACAGAUGCUGACCUUAGUGAACUGAAACAAUCUGAAGGAAGAUAUGCUAAAUUAUUAAGCAACAUGUGCAAAUUUUAUAGAGAUUGGCAUGUUGCGUCUGAUGGAUUCCAUGGGAUUUUCCUUCAUGACCCAGUCAGUUUUUUGGCACUAAUUCGGCCUGAUCUCUUUACAUACAAGAGUGGGGUCGUGAGGGUUGAGACACAGGGUAUCUGUGUAGGGCAUACACUGAUGGACCAAGGACUAAAGAAAUGGAAUGCAAAUAAUCCUUGGUCAGGCUAUUCCCCUGUUUCAGUUGCAUGGACAGUUGAUGUGGACAAAGUCCUUACUUAUGUUAAGCUACUAUUGAUGAGACCAUGAAAUCUUCUUCGUGAACUUGUGCUCCGCACCCAUGAGAAAUCAACAACUGAAGAUGAAGGUAGAGUUGUCUCUGAUUUGUGCCGGAGACGAUGAAACUAUGUUCUUUAGCUUUUUGAUGGUUACAACUGAUAACCCUAGUUUUGGGUGUGAAGGGCUAAUUUACCCGUCUUGAUUUGCUGAAAAUUUCCUGCAAUUUGUUAAAGUGCAUUAAACCCUCAUUUUAAUGUCAUUCUCCUUGUUAGAAAUCUGUCUAUGACAUACUGAUUUUCCCUAUAUAUUUCAUAUUCUUGUAA